AUGAUGUCGCCAUCGCCAAAAUCUCCUGAAGAAAAAGAAAUUCCGAACGAUGAAAAUUCAUCAAAUGAUGAAUUAUCUCAUCCACAAAAUCACACACAACAUGAAUAUAUUGCUUCUGAUGAAUCAACAACAAAUUCUGAUGAUGAUAAUAAUAAUAAUAAUAAUAAUAAUACAAAUAAUCAAUAUGAAAAUGUCAAUGGUUAUUGUCUAUUACCACAAGAAUCUGAUAUUAAUAAUCAACAACAAGAAAAAUAUGAUGAUAGUGAAAAUGAAGAUGAAGAAUUUCUUCGUUUUGCAACACUUCGUUUACAAUCAUCAAUAGAUGAUAAUAAAAAUUUUCAGACAAUAAAUUCAACAAUAUAUACAAAUGAAUCUAUUUGGUCAACUAAAUUAGAAAGUGAACCAUUUCCUGUUGAUGAUGAUAAAGUUGAUUAUAUUAAAAAUUUCAUGUCUUCAAUAAAAUUGCCUGAAUCAAGUAUACCCACAUGGGCACAAUAUUGUACAGAACAAGAUUGGCAAGAAAAAUUACGCGAAAGAAUUACUUGCCGACAAACAACAUUUUUUUACGAACAACAUUCAUACUGGCAACCAUUAAAUAGUGAGCAAGAAAAUAAUCAACUCACGAUAUUAGGAAAACCUGAACAACUACAGGAUGAACAACAAAAACAGAAACAAUUAUUAGCAAAUUCUAUAUCAAUUCGUCAGCAAAACUUUGAUUUAAGUGACGUACCCGAAGAAAAUAGUUCGUUUUCAUCAACAUAUUCUUUAGCUGAUAUUACUGCCGAAAAUAAUAACAACGAUAAUCAAUCUUACCUUUUUACAUCAACACCCAUUAUUCCUUCUUUUACAUCAAACGGUCCAAUAACAAGUAAUAAAAUUUUUGCUGCAUUGUUAUCUGACAAAAAUAAUAAUAACAAACCAUUACCUUUACCAUCAGACAGUAUAAACGAUCAAUCGUCUACUAUAUCAACAGUCGGCUUAAUAACUGAUAUUCAACGUAAAGCUGAUGUUUGUCAAUUAAAUAAUAUGUCAGCAUUAUCAUCAUUACGAUAUUCAUCAAAUUUAGGUACUGGUACAAUAAUAUCACAUCCAUAUGAUCAACGAAUUACUGAUCAAGAUAAUAAAUAUACGAUUCAACUUAAAACAGAUGAAUAUCAAGAAAAUGAAUUUACCGUUACACCACGUUAUUCACUUAAUCAAUUAAUUAUUGAUGCUAAACAUCGUGAAGAAGAUAGUUUUGGUGGUUAUAUACAUCGGGAAUUACAUAAAAUUUUUAACGUUCCAAAACAUAUCGAUUUAAAUCGAUAUACAUAUUCAUAUAAUAAACAUACACAAGAACUAACUGUUGAAAUGCCUCAUAUACAAACAUUAUUAGCCAGUAAUGAAAAUCAAAAUGAUUUAUCAUUUAUUUCACCUAUACGUUAUACAGCGGAAUCAUCAAAUUACUCCUAUGGGAAUUUUAAUCAAAAUAAUGGAGGAAAUAUGUUACCAACUAAUUCGAAUCGUUCGAAUUAUUAUAGUGAUAGUAAUAAUACAAGUGGUAUUGGAACAACAGCAUCUGACACAACAUUAAUGCGAAGUUCAAAUGCAGCUGGUGCACCAAUAUAUGAAUCAUCAAUUGGAACUACAAUACCAUUUGAUUUUGAUUUAUUUCAUCGAUCGGCUUUUCGGCCACAAAUUGUUCAAGCAACAUCCGAUGGUACGAAUAAUGAUAAAAAAUUAAUAAUGUCUUUAGAUUUAAGUGAUUAUCAAGCUGAAGAUAUAAAAGUCUCUCUAAAAAAUCGUGAAUUAAUUGUUAAAGCUGAAAGAAAAAUUGAAACUGAUACACGUAAAUCGUGUACAUCCUUUUUUCAAUCAACUAGUUUACCACCAAAAACCGAUAUUGACCAUCUUCAAUCAAAUUAUAUCGAUGGAAAAUUAGUUAUUGAAGCUCCUUAUAAUGAUCACAAUAAUACUGAACGAAGAGUUAUUGGUAUUAGUAGUAGUAACACUAAUCAAGGAAUGAAUUGGUAA